UCAGUCAUUCAAUUGAUGGUGUGAACUCUAGUAAAGAAUCAAUGAUACUGUUCGCAUCAUUCAUCGCUUGAGCGCUCAAAUGUUUUGAAGGACAAAAGGCCCUGGAGAGAAGGGACAUCGCAUUCAAAGUCCCACUCAUUGGCCCUCGGGAAAAACUGGCCUGCCUUGGGAGCAUCAUCCAUCCCAUUGCCGAGAAGUGAUCUAUCUUAUGCUCACUCAACGAGAGAUCGAGAGGAAGAACGAGUUUUUGCCCUACUAUAACGAGUUUCCUGCCUGUUUUCUGCUAAAUGAACGGAGGGCCAUUUCCUGACUUCGAAGUGUGAAUUGCGUAAAGGGGAUUCUUUGACAAAUGCUAUAGCAUGAAAUGCUAUAUACAUAUUUUCUUACAGCUCGCAUUCAACUAAACUAUAUAAGGCAUUAUUUGUUUUUGAGACUAAUGAAGGUUAAGACCGAUUUGGGAACAAAAAGUGCGGCACCUCCAUUAGGUGAACAGAAAUUGUACCUGAUGGAGAAAGAACAAGUGUUGACUACUGAGGCAAUAGCACCGACUCUCUUGCAAAGUUACAGAAAGUCGUCUUUUCAUUCACGUCCUGAACGUUCCUCGAGGCCGUGUCCUCGUAGUUCCGUGAAUGAGUUGGCGAUUGGAUGGAGAGCGAGUCGUUGAACCAUUUGGUCGGGACAAAAUUGAAAAGGUUGAACCUUCAAGCAUGCUUUCCUAAUUUGGGCUACAGUGUAUCUUGGCCUUCAAAAGCAGCCUUGGCCUUGAGACAAUUGGACAACGACUGACAUUCAAUUUGAUAUGUGUUUCAAAGUUUUGGCCAAACAUGUUCGGUCGACCAUCGCUCAUCCAUGAGAACAGCGAUUACUAAGUGAUGGAAUCGCAAUUGUCCUUCAAAGUGCUAAUAUUGGGACCAAAGCGAGUAGGAAAAUCGUCGCUGGUCAGAAAAUUCGUAUUUGAUGAGUUCGAAACGGCCUACGAACCGACAAUUGGAGUAGAUUUUUCCACUAAAAUGAUAAGUGAUCUUCCAAACCCUUUGAAAAGUGACAAUGGACCGCCAACUCUUCGAGCAAAGUUAAAAAUUUGGGACACAUCUGGUCAAGAGCGUUUUGAAGCCGUUUGCAGAGCAUACUACCAUUCAACAGAGGCGGCCAUUUUAUGCUUUGAUCCCACCAACGAGGUCUCAUGGAAAGAGAUGCAAUCAAUUCUGAACAAGUUUAAUGUCAUCAAUCCGGAUUCCAAAAUUUAUUUGUGUGGAACAAAAUUUGACAUCCUCGAAGACGAGUUGAAAGAGCCUUGUGUGGAUCCCGAAUUAGUCCAAGAAUUUGCCAAUUCCCUGAACUGCGGAGCAAAAGUAUUCAUGGAGACCUCAAGUAAAUUAGGAACACACAUAGACGAACUCUUUCGAACUUUGACCGAGGAUUGCCUAUCUGAUCUAGCUGAAACCAGUCCUGAGGUGCUAAAUACUGCCAUUUCAGUGGAAUCUCAAAAGAGACGGAGCUGGUGCUGUCGGCAGUUUCGCUUGUAUUGAGAACUGAAUUUUCUUGCAAAAGUAUUUGUGCUUAUCUGAAGGUCAGUUUGAGUAUCAGGCACUAGGCAGAAAUUGCAUAUUUGUUAGAUUUCCACAUUUUUACGACAACAACAUUGUGACUGUUAGCAAAGAACAAAUAAAUAAAACUGUUUCCUUGGAAAAAUAUUA